AAAAGCUUCACUUCACUCUUGCCAAGUGCUCAUACAAAACGUGAAGGCGAUUUCAUCUAGGUUCUUCAUCUACAUUAGGAUUGUCAUAAUCUCUUCUCAUUUCUCAUUCGCUACCAAGUCCUGUUUUCGUUCGUACAAACACAAGUACAUGGCACCGCCAAGUGAUCAGAGAGGGAUGGCAGCUUGGGUGGUAAACUUGUAUAUUGGAUGCUACGUUUCGCUCAUAACAAAAGCAAACAUUCGUUACGAGGGAUAUUUGUUUCAUCUGGGACCUCAUGGUGAACAAGUUGGGCUAAAGAAAGUGAAAUGUUUUGGGACAGAAGGACGGCAGAGGGAAGGUCCUCAGGUUUCUGCCAAUUUCACUAUCUUGGAGUACAUAUUCUUCCGAGGUAGCGACAUAAUGGAUCUGCAGGUUAUAGCUUCUCCACCACCUCAAAGUACAUCAUCAGUUGUUCCUGACGAUCCUGCGAUAAUACAGCCUCAUGGUGUUGAAAGAGCAGCACAUAUAAAUCCCAGUGAACAACUCAUUCUCUCUGGUACACCAUUCCAGUUGAAUCAGGCCCAUGAACAAGCGGCAUCAAAUUAUAGCUUUUGGGGCUCAUUUAUUCCUCCUCCACCUACAAAUAUGAGUAGGCUUGCUGCUUAUUAUGUGCCAGGAUUAGUUGGGUCCUUCGGAAGAGUUUCUCGUUAUCCUCCGCCACCACGGAGUUUGGUGAUGGCAUCACUACCCCCAGUUCAGCAAGAUAAAAACCAGAAUGUAAAUACAUCUGUAGCAGCUAGAGGAUCCAGGUUUUCUGAACACCAUCGCCCCUUGCUACUGGGCGGUAGUACUGGUUCCCCAAGUACACUUCCUCCCUUGCCACCCAGGCCAUCUGUUCAAUCCAAUAAUCCAGGGCAGUUUAUUAAACUGGUAUCUAAUUUAUCAUCCACUCCAAACCCAACUGAUGGAUCUAGCGCUCUUUCAAGUGUACCAAUGGAACCUCGCCCGAAGUUGGCAUCUUCUUUGCCAGAAGUACUUAAUGUGAAUGCUACUCCAGCUCCAUUUACUGAUGAAACAAAUGAAGUGAAGCCGACAGGUGUAUCUUUCAGCAAGCAGUCAAAGCUAUCUCCCAUGAUAACUGAGGAUCUGUCAGGCCCGAGGCAGUCCUCUCCAUCUCAGUCACUGGAAACCGUAAAUACUGAUAAAAAGGCUGCUGUUGCAUCAGUGAUGGAAUCUCUGCCGUCAGCUAGCACUGAAGAAACCCAGUCAUUGCUGAAACCCACAACUAAAACUAUGCAGGGAUCUACAUCAUCUCAUCGUUAUAAAGGUCAGUCUGCUUGGAGAAGAGAUCAGGUGCAUCGAAGCCUUCCUUGGCACAGAGGCCAUUUACUAGGAAAGGCAAAUGUGGCAAAUGGGGUUGCUGUAAAUACACAACUAAGCUCAAGAAACCGUGCGCUGGGAAGAGGAGACGGGUUGCAACCAAAGGGUGUUCCUUUGCACAAUCCUGGCCAUGCAGCAAGUCAUCACUUUUUGGGACGUGGAGCUGCGAAUCCCCGUGCUACAAUAAGGUUUAAGGAGGAUUUUGAUUUCGAGGCAAUGAAUGAAAAGUUCAAUAAGAAGGAGGUUUGGGACUUUUUCAGCAAAAAUAGCAAAGCCGAAGCAGAUGAUGAUGACAAAAAGAUGGCUGAUGAUGAUGUUAAAGGCAAAGCGAAAGAAGUACAUGUAAAAGAUGAUAACAAGCCUGAUAACUGUGAGGAUGACUUCUUUGAUCAUCUUUCUUAUGGUGUAUCUGAUGAAUCUGAUCAAGUGGCGCUCUCUGAACAAAGGAAAAUUGAUGAUGAGACAUUUGGAGUUGAGAUCCCAAUACUCCAACAGGAUCAUGGGCAGCUAGGAUCACACUCGGCUGGGUCAUCUCAAUCCCCAUCUGGUGGCAGAGGACAUGUCAAUGUGCAAGCUAGUCGUGGUCGUCGUGGAAGAAGCGCGCGUGCGCGUGGUCGUGAUCACUUGAAGUAAUGACGACCUUGCAUGUUGCUGCACGGGAAUGAAUGGUGUUCAAGUAUGGAACCAUAUAUAUAUAUCCUUCAAUAAUAUCCAGUAGUGUGUCAACUUCUGGACGCGUUUCUAAUUAAAUCUUAUAACUGAUACUAGCAUAUUUUGGUUCAUUCAGUCUGAAUAUUAAUCAAUUACCAUCAAUUGACAUAACAUAACAUAGGAUUAUCAAAGCUUCUCCUUGUUGGUUUAAUUUAAAACAGUAGGCUCAUCACCUUUCCAGACAUGCAUGCUCAUCACCAAAUCAAUAGAUCCAAAACCAAUAAGGUUUUCUUGCUAAAAGAUGGAAUCUCUAUUCAUCAUACAUGGAGAGCUUUGAUUUUGUAAUCUUAACUACCUUGUUUUUGGUUUUAUGUAAUUUUAUAUAAGAGAUUUUCAUA